AUGGAAGACUUUACACCACUGAUCAAUCUACAGGGCGCACGCAAGAUGAAAAAUGAACGUGAACCCCUGCUGGGACAUGCGUCCGACGCUGGCAGCAAUGGGUCUGGUUUGGAUGCAGCCGAACACCAGCGGUUACUGGCCCGUCCCGAUCUACGCAGCUCGCCAGAAAACAUGAUCGUGGACGCAUCAAACGAUACGGAAAGUCUGGUAGAGAAGGAGGACUCCGCGUACGGGUCGUCCUCGGGUGAACCGUACGAACCGUCGAUGCACCGCACGCUGGAACAUCCAACGACAAACCUCGACACUAUGAUCCACCUGCUGAAGGGUAACAUCGGCACCGGCAUUCUGGCCAUGCCGGACGCAUUCAAACACGCCGGGCUGUACGUCGGUCUGUUCGGGACGCUGUUUAUGGGUGCCGUUUGUACGCACUGUAUGCACAUGUUGGUGAACUGUUCGCACGAGCUAUGCCGGCGGCUGCAGGUGCCCUCGCUAAGCUUUGCCGACGUAUGCCAGCGAGCGUUUGAAUCUGGUCCAAUCGGGCUGCGUCGCUACUCGAAACUGGCAACGAAUCUGAUCAACAUGUUUCUGGUAAUUACGCAGCUCGGGUUCUGUUGCGUGUACUUCGUGUUUGUAGCGGCCAAUCUGCGGGAAGUUAUCGCACACUACUUCUUCGAUCUGCACACGCGCGUCUACUUGCUCCUGUUGCUUAUUCCGAUGGUUCUACUAAAUUUGGUAAAGAAUUUAAAGUAUCUCACACCAAUUUCGCUGAUUGCUGCAUUACUUACGGUUACGGGUCUUUCCUGUACCUUCUACUACAUGCUGCAAGAUUUACCAAACACACAUACGGUCAAGCCGUAUUCUACAUGGGCCCAGCUACCGCUUUAUUUCGGUACAGCGAUCUAUGCGUUCGAGGGCAUCGGGAUGGUACUACCACUGGAGAAUAACAUGAAAACACCAGAAGAUUUUGGCGGGUGGUCAGGUGUACUAAAUACGGGCAUGGUGAUUGUCGCCUGUCUAUAUACCGCCGUCGGUUUCUUCGGUUAUCUAAAGUACGGCGAUGCGGUCAAGGGCAGCAUUACGCUAAAUCUUCCCGGCGAAGAGUUCAUUGCACAGCUGGUGCGGAUUAUGAUGGCGCUCGCAAUCUUCUUCUCCUAUUCGCUACAGUUCUUUGUCCCAAUGUCCAUACUGAGUGUGCACAUUCGGCGGAAGUUACACACGGAGCAGUCGCGACUUAUCGGUGAAUAUUUGACGCGCGUUUCGUUGGUCGUGUUUACCUUCAUACUGGCCGCCAUGAUACCGAAUCUCGGUGCAGUUAUAUCCCUCGUCGGGGCAGUGAGUAGUUCCACGUUGGCGCUCAUUUUUCCGCCACUGAUUGAAAUCGUUACCUUUUGGCCGGAUAGAUUGGGACGGCACUAUUGGAUACUGUGGAAGGAUGUUGCAAUUAUGGUGUUUGGUAUUUUGGGCUUCAUCUUCGGCACGUACACAAGCGUGGCACAGAUAUUGAAUCCUGAUCUGGUUUAA